CUGAUCGUAACUGUUCAGGAUAAAAUGGCAACUGAACCUGUCAACGUGAACGAGUUCCAAGAAUUGGCGAAGAAGAUCCUUCCAAAAAUGUACUAUGAUUUCUACACUGGAGGAGCUGAGGACCAGCACACACUAAAACAGAAUGUUGAGGCGUUUCAAAGAAUCUUACUACGACCAAGAGUUCUUGUAGAUGUUAGCAGAAUAGAUAUGUCAACAACUGUAUUGGGUUUCAAAAUCUCCGCACCUAUUAUGAUUGCUCCAACUGCUAUGCAUCAAUUAGCUCAUCCCGAAGGAGAGGUCGCCACUGCUAGAGCAGCGGAUGCAUGCAACACCAUCAUGGUAUUGUCGUUCUCGUCCACCCGCACCAUAGAGCAAGUUGCUGCGAGCUGCAAUGCUGUUCGGUUCUAUCAGUUAUAUGUACUCAGUCCUUCUCAAGCGCUUUAUUUAUCAUCAUUGUGUUGUUCUAGUUUUCCUCAGGGCAAAAACA